GAGCAGCCGAUGACGCGGGUGGAGAUCGGUAGCAACUGUUGCCUUGAGAAUAAACGCCAUAGUCACGGUAGCCGUGGAGACUGUUACCCACCAACAGCUCGGGCCCGCAGCAAGGUGAUGUCAGCAACAAUUUGGCCGACCACUUUAGCAUUGCGAGGCAUCUCCACUGUUUUCCAUGUGGUUGUAGAGAUGGAUUUGUUACCAGUGGAUCUAGACUGAUUAUAAACUCUUCAUGCUCCAACAAGAUAUAGUAGAACAGGUGAUCGCUACCAAUAUCUCUCUAUAGCAAGACGCUGGAGGUUUGUAUAAAAACUAGCAUGCAGAGUUCAGAGGGUGCAUCCGACUCGGCAUCGACUGUGACCCUGCGGACAUCCGCUGCCGGUCCACCAUCUGUGCAGGCUGCUGUGGUACAGCAAGUGGCAGCACCACAACAGCGGCUGGUGGUCCAGGCAACAGGUUCUUCUCAGAAAGGAGGCCAGGUACAGCAACUUCAGGUUCAGAGAGUGCAGCAGGUCCAACAGGUGCAGUCGGUCCAACAUGUUUACCCGUCACAAGUUCAAUAUGUGGAGGGAGGGGAUGCAGUCUAUGCCAAUGGGACCAUACGUGCAGCGUACUCCUACCCGGAAACACAACUCUAUGCACAGAAUCCUGGAGCCUCGUACUUUGAGUCACCGGGAAAUGCAGUUCAAGUGACCACGGUGGUAUCCUCACCCACUGUGGUGCCAUCUCACAGUAUGGUGGGAACCGUUGGGAUUGCAAUGGAAGUAGGAGGAGGUCAGAUCAUUUCGAGUAGUGGUGGAACAUAUCUCAUCCAUGGAGGGACAAUGGACAACUCCAGACAUCCACUCUCUCAUGCCACACGCCCAUCACCUGGAACUAUUGAAAUGGCAAUCGAGAACCUACAGAAAUCUGAAGGGAUCACAGCCCAUAAAAGUACUCUGUUGAACAGCCAUCUUCAGUGGCUCCUCGAUAACUAUGAAACUGCUGAGGGAGUUAGCCUCCCCCGGAGCUCCCUCUACAACCAUUACCUGCGGCACUGCCAAGAACAGAAGCUUGACCCCGUCAAUGCAGCUUCUUUUGGCAAACUGAUUCGUUCUGUGUUCAUGGGGCUGAGGACCAGAAGACUGGGAACAAGGUCAGGGGGAAAUUCUAAGUACCAUUAUUAUGGGAUUCGUCUAAAGCCCGAUUCACCGUUAAACCGUUUACAGGAGGAUAUGCAGUACAUGGCAAUGCGGCAACAACCUGUACAUCAGAAACAAAGGUUUAAACCUAUGCAGAAGUUAGAUGGUGUAGGAGACAAUAUGACUGGAAAUGGACAACAUGCAGCUCCAACAACCCCAGAGCAAUCUGUGGCUGCACAGAGCCAACACCACCAGCAGUUUUUGGAUAUGUCUCGUGCAUUGCCAGAAUUUAUUGAUGCAGAGAUUGGUAGCUCUCCUUUGCCGGAGGAUAUCACACUAAAUGAAGUGAAGACAUUACAGACUUUGUACAGAGAGCACUGUGAGGCAAUGUUGGAUGUUGUAAUAAAUCUUCAGUUUCAUUACAUUGAAAAACUUUGGCAAACUUUUUGGCAUUCAACUCCUUCACCAAAUGAUGGUGCUUCUGUCACUUCAGUGAGUGAGGAGGAGAGUGAGGCUGUUUUCCCCAAAGACAAACUCAUCAACCUCUGUAAGUUUGAACCCAUUAUUAAAUGGAUGAGGAACUGUGAUCACGUGCUGUACCAGGCACUGGUGGAAAUUCUUAUCCCAGAUGUACUGCGACCCGUCCCCAGUAUGCCAUUAAUUUUUGGUACUACAGGUGCUUUGACUCAAGCUAUUCGGAAUUUUGCCAAGAGUUUGGAGGCGUGGCUGAUGAGUGCAAUGAGCGGCUUCCCUCAGCAGAUGGUUCGGACAAAGGUGGGAGUAGUUAGUGCCUUUGCCCAAACAUUGCGCAGGUACACCUCCCUGAAUCACCUUGCACAGGCUGCCAGAGCCGUGCUACAGAACACAUCACAGAUCAACCAGAUGCUCAGUGAUCUCAACCGUGUUGACUUUGCCAAUGUACAGGAGCAAGCAUCCUGGGUUUGUCAAUGUGAAGAGGGAAUGGUGCAACGACUAGAACAGGAUUUUAAGAUGACUCUACAACAACAGAGCUCCCUCGAUGAGUGGGCAUCCUGGCUUGAUAAUGUAGUGAAUCAGGUCCUGAAACCACAUGAAGGCAGCCCCAGCUUCCCGAAGGCUGCCCGCCAAUUCCUGCUAAAAUGGUCUUUCUACAGUUCCAUGGUCAUUCGUGAUCUGACCUUGCGUAGUGCAGCCAGUUUCGGUUCAUUUCAUCUUAUCCGGCUGCUUUAUGAUGAAUACAUGUUUUAUCUGGUGGAACAUCGUGUAGCUCUAGCGACAGGCGAAACUCCUAUUGCAGUGAUGGGAGAGUUUGGUGAUCUCAGUUCUAUAUCUCCUCUCCAAAUGGAGAAAGAUGAUGGGAGUGGGAUGGAAAGUGAGGUGGAUACUGAUUCAAGAGGCGUGAGUGAGCCUCCUGUCAAACGGGAGCGUGUGGACCUCAACCAUUCCCUUCAGGAGCUGGAUGUGUCCACUCACCAGGAACUGAUGAAUUCAAUAUAAUCUAUUUGGACUGAAACAAUCGAAACCUCCAGUGAAACGUUUCCAGGACUCUGGUUCAGGAAGAAUAACCCAUCCUCCAGACUUUGGCUGAGGCCUGCUUAAGACCACAAAAACUAAAUGUACAAGGUGCCCAAAUUAAUCCCAUGUAUCACAUCUCCAACCCUCAAUGGCUGGAUGCAGUGAUAGUUGAUGUGGCUGACAAGUUAUCAGGGCAGUGAUGAUCCAGCAGGAAGAACAAUAUCAGCCAAACGAGUCCUUGUCCAUUGGAAUUAAAUAGCUGGAGCUGCUUGGUGUGCAGAGUCCAAGAAAAAUAUUUUGCUGUGACCAUUUUAAUACUGAGACAAAAAUGGUUUAUGUUUUUAACCCUAUUUCAAAAUUUCUGCUUUAUUCAUUAUUGCAGAACCAUUGUUGGGAAAUGCGUCUCUGGUGGGAAACGCUCUUCAUUGUCAAAAGAAGGUGGGAGUUUAACUGACCACUAAUUUGAUUAUGGCAGGAAACUCAGUGUUCUAUUUUUGUAAAUACAAGGAAAGGUUUACUUUUGUAAUUGUUUAUGUAUCUUCCCCGCUCCACUGCAAUCCAGAGGUUGACAAUACCACUCCAGUCUUUCCUUCAGAUGUGUUGUGCACGAUUCAAUUUCUUUUGUUAAAAAUUUUAAUCUGCACGUGCAAGGAAGUGCGCCCGGCCUGUGGAACUGCACCUCUGGCUGGCCCACUGAGAACCAGGCUCUGCUCCGGGCGCAGCACACCGUCGGGAGUUGACUGCCCAUGAGUUGACUGGGUUUGAGGUAGAAGAUUAGCAGGCCGAGUGUGAAAUCUUGCCUUUCUAACAGUUCACUUCCUUCAGCUGGGAGACUGAUUAAAUGGAAUCAUGGACUUAUCUGCAGUCUCAGCUACCUCUGGUUAGCAAUGAGCAUUGAGUCUGAGCUGGGUUAACCUAACAGUUUUGCUCAACCCCCUCCAACAUUAGACACUUCGGUUCUAUGUGACUUACCGUAUAAGCCAGCUCUGGCAUACAUUUCUCAGCAUGCUGUUACUGCGGGAAAAUUGCCUUAUUUUACCCAUUUUCUGGUUAACAAUGAGUCUAGCUACUCAAUACAUUAGCUAGCGAUGAAUUAAUUGCAUGCCUUUAUUGGGGUAUGAUUCCAUUUUGUGCAUCAGGGAUACCAGUACAUGCAUUACACUGUGCCUUAGGGAAAAUACUGGGAUAUUCAAUGAAAUGUGCCUGCACUGGUCUGAGACCCAGAGACUGUGAACUAAUGUUUAAAACCUGACAUUUAUACUUAUUUUUGCUACUGACGGUUCAGUAACAUCAAACAUAUUGCUUACAAUUACAAUCGCUAAAUAUACAAAGUAACUGAAGAAAAUACCUUGAUACUUUGUCUACUUAUCCCUCCAGUUGUGUGUCAUAUAUUGCAGUUUUAAAACAUAUUUGAUAGUCUAUUGUUAAUGGAAGGAAAAUUGCAGUUGAGGCCAGAGCGCAGAUUCUGGUGUUGACAGCCGUAUUUGCUCUUAAACAGGGCAUUUUGUUUUGAUUUUUGAUCAUUCACAAGCCUGACUCUGAUUGAGACCAGAUAUGGUAGUCAUUGGGACUCAGGAAGGUAUGACCUUUUGUGUAGAUUUUGUUCAGGUUUUGUGCCAAGUACACAGCUUCUCAUCCAGUCAUCAUUUUUUGAUUGUGAUUGGAUCAAUUCUACAAAACUUAACCAUCUUACUGGGGCAGCAGCUCUGAUUUACAUACAACACUGCCUUAGAAUGGGUGAACAAACAAGUUUUUCAAUCUGGUAAUAAGGUCUUUUUUUUUUCCCUCCUGUCUCCAUUUCCCAGGCAAAAUUCUUUUUGUGUGAAGGUAAAUUCAGAGAUUCCCACUCCUCCAGUGGGGAGCUGUUUAUGAAUUGAUGCAGUUGGAAAAGUUAGCCUCCAUGGUUGGAAAUGUGUGGCCCACACACGUAUACCCUGGGAGUACAGGAUGCUGAAUGAAACUUAUUGACACAAGUGCACUUUUAGUUUACUACAGUUGUUAAACAUUGAGCUUCCCACCCAUGAGUUUUCGUGAAGCAACCAACCAGUGUUAAAGCCUUUCUUGGGCCUUUCUCUGCUGUCCAAGGGCAUGGCAGACAUUUAGCAAGGGAGAUGUUGGUGCAUCACAGGUUAGUGUCUUAAUGUUGUAAUCAUGACAUCACAUGGAAAAACUGGCAAGUUUUAAUGCUUUGAAAUGACCAAGUUUGUGUAAAGAUCCAAUCUUGUCACUUGAUCUUGAAGAAUAUGUCUGUCUGCAGACUGCUGUAUGUUGGUUCACAUUCAGUCAAUGUUUCAGCUGCUGUCUCUCACCAAUUAGCAGUGUUGCCACUUGCACCUGGGAAUUUAAACCUGAAUCAUGGAGCUCAGUCUCGCCAUAUGAAACUUCUCAAAAUUCUGAUCUACUAUUCAUGUAUUCUUCUGAACUUAGUCAUGGGGUGAAAUUUUAUGGCCUCUGCGCUGGCAGGAUUUUCCAGCCCCGCCAUAGCCAAUGGACUUUUGAAGAGUUCAUUGCAUUUUCCAGCCCCGGCCCCGCCCCUGCUGCGAUGAGGCUGUAAAAUUCCACCCAUGAGGUUUUAACAAAUGUGCUGAAAAGCAAUUAGAGGUUGUAAACUGAUGGUGAUUCCAUUUUGUGAAGCUCAUCUGCAUGACUGGCUGAUUGUGUUAAAUAUAAUCGAUAAAACCUUUUUUUUCUAAAUCCAUUAAAUCAGAUACCACAACACAUCCAGACCUCAGAGGUUUUGCACCAACUCUAAGGUGGAGGUGAAUUAAAUUAAUAUAUUUGAGAUGAAUAGUUAUCAGAAUGGUCUAGUCCGUUUAUAGAGGUGAGGGGUUUAAAUUGUGCAUUGUAGUGGCUUAACUAGAAUUUACUGGUCUAAGUGGAUUUCACAUGAAUACCUAGCCCAGAAGUUUUGUUUUAAACCAAAAUUUCUCUUUAAAUGUUUAAUGUUUCUAAUCAAUUCUCUACUGCUGAAGCUGAGAAAAGAUAAAUUCAGUGUCGUUUUCCAGGGAAUAAUUUUGUGUCAUCAACUUUGCUUCGGUUUUUAAAAAAAACUGUUUGAAAAAUAUACUGAUGUAAAUUUUUUAGAUGUAUUCUCUUAUUUUGUAAUACCCAAGUGCUCCCAAAGUAGUUUUUUUUACCUACCUUUGCUGAUGAAGAGGAUUUCUGUGUUGUAAACUUCUACUUUGUGUAGUGCACAAUUUUGCAAUAGAGCAAAAAUUACCCAAACCAGUUGGCAAAGGGGUUGCAUUGCAAAGGUUAAGAGUGGAGGCUCAUGAUCAAUGUGCAAAUAAUGAUAAAUGCACAAUAUCUUUUAAAAUUAAAAUCUCAAUUCAUGUGGUAUGUUUUUUGGUUCAGUGCAUUAGGCAUUACUAGCUAUUCCGAUUGUUUGGAAACUUAGGAACAGGAGUAGAUCAGUCAGCCCCUCCAGCAUGUUCUGCCAUUAAAUUAGAUAAUUGCUGACUGUGGGCGGAAUUAUCUCCUACCAAUAAUUGUUUUACGUUGUCGUAAAACCAGAUUGCAAUCAUCCGCUCCACCCAUCAAUGCGUUUCCCACCACAGCACGUCUGGAACCUAAUUUCAAUACUUUAGCAUCUCAUAAGCCUUGCUCACCGACGCCAAACAGCACAUAAGCGAUGUGCACCUGGCGAUCUGCACUUCGUUCGAGACUUUGAGGUUUGUUUGCUUACCUUGCUUCGGGCUGCACUCGUGGUUAUCAGUGCCAGGCUUUGCAGGCAGCACCAUGUCACUUUUGGGGGGCACUCAUGGGCAGGUUUCUACCUACCAGACCAGCCAUAAGGCAGAGGUGGCUUUUCAAUGGCUGCAGGGUUAGGACUUGUUUGGGGAAGGGGAGUAGUGGCAUCAGGCAAGGGAAGAGGCUACAGGGUGAGGGCUGUACUGGGGAAGGUAGGUAUGCUGGGGUACAUGUUGAUCUGUGCAAGUGGCCUCGAUGGUGAGUGCUGAGGAGAAAGUCUCCAGAGGAGAUGAGGCCAGAUGGAGAUGGUGAGGGUGUGUGAGAGAGAGUGAAGGCAGAGUCAAUAUACAGGACACACACACAGGGGCAGAGUCAAUACACAGGACACAUAGGAAGAGCCAAUACACAGGACACACAUACAGGGACAAAGCUAAUACACAGGACACACACACACGGGAAGAGCGAAUAUACAGGACACACGGGGUCAAAACCAAUACACAGGGCUAGCAGCAUAGAUGAGGAUCAUUCAUCCUCUUUUGUGCAGCGUUGACACUGACCAGCACUGCCACCGUCUCCCAAGUCGGAUUGGUGAGAUUGCUGGACCUCCUGUGGCCAGAGUGGGGGUGGAGGACAUCACACCAAGCCU